GCCGAUUUCCGGCGGCGCGCGGUCGGUCGGUCGGUCGGUCGCCGGUCGCACGCACACACACGCGCACACGACGUGCGUGCGCGCGUGUGUGCGUGCGCGUAUGGGCUCGGGUACGGGCGCGUACGUUUUUAUUUAUUAUAUAUAUAUUGUGUGUGUGUGUGUGUGUGUGUGUGUGUGUGUGUUUGUGCAGUACGCACACACACAAUGGACCGGCAAUACCCUCCGAAGCCCUGCAGCGGCGGUCAUCAUUCCACUGUCAACUCGUUUUCGGUCUGGUCGUGCGCAUUAUAUAUAUUAUAUUUUGUCUUCUUGCAACAGUGUACUCUACCCGUCUUGUGUAUAUACACCCACUGUAUCGGCCCUUCUGCACCGCACGACGGCGACGGCGACGACGACGACGACGACGACAAUAACAACAAUAACAAUACCGAAAUCGUGUGCGCGGGACGUUUUUGCAAGACAGAAUCCAGUGUACGAGAGCACACACUCGGCGGUCGUGGUACGCGCCCGAACGGCAAAGUGCGCCGACGUCCGUAGUACAUAUUAUAAUAUGACGCUGUGUAACUGCUGCACGGCUGUACGAUAACAACAUUAAUAUACCGUCGUCCAUCACUCGACUCACAUGGUUCUAUUCCCGAAACCGCGUCAUCGGGCCCAGCAGCAGCGUCGUACGCCAUCAGAUACAAUGAUUAUUUUACUAGUGUUGUUGUCUAUGUCACACACCGGAUUGACGGCCAUUGCUGGAUAUGAAGAAGCGGAAAAAAACUUACUUACAAAAUUAGGUUUAAAGCGAAGACCUGUGGUAGAUGAAAACUUAAAGAUACCGCCUGCCACUAUGGAGCUGUAUAAAUCAAUGUUGGAACAAAAUAAUGUGACACCACAUUUUCCUCUUCCUGGUUCGCACACAACGUCUGCUAAUACUGCUAGAGCUUACUACAACAAAAGAUCAGCUCCAACCAAUGCUAAGUCUAAAAAAUAUAGGCUGGAGUUCGAUAUAGAUUCUCUACCGGAACAAGACCAGAUUAAAGCUGCUGAAGUUCGUUUUACAAUGAAAUACGAUGAAGUACUACGAAAUGAAGAAACUAUUUAUAUAGUUAUACAUGAUAUAAUCCAACCUGGCAAGAAAGGCCUAUCAAAACCUAUUCUCCGAAUUAUCGACUCGAAAUCAAUUAAUAUGUCAAUAGUUUCAAAGACCGAAAGUUUUGACGUAACGCCUUUUAUAGAAAGACUAGCGAAGAACAAUUUCAAAGAUAAUCAUGGUAUGCUAGUACAAUGCGUCACGGAGUCUGGUAGUCACACACAUUUGCUCAACGUAUUUGAUUUUGUUUCACCUGACAAUACAUUGCUAUUGGUCUAUACCGAUGACGGAACAAUUAGCGAGAAGAGCACGCUGGAGCAGAUAUCGCGGCGGAGCAAACGGUCGACAUCCGAGGUCGCGAGACAGGAGAAGAGAGCGAAGAAGAAAAAGAUCUGCCAACGGUAUUCGAUGUACGUGGACUUCAAAGACAUCGGGUUCAGCGAUUGGAUCCAAGCUCCACCGGGAUACGACGCGUUCUACUGCCACGGGGAGUGUACGUUCCCGUUGGCUAAUCACAUCAACGCGUCCAACCACGCGGUAAUGCAGACACUGAUAAACUCGUAUAAUCCGGCUACGGUUUCCCGGGCGUGUUGCGUGCCGACCAAGUUGAGCACACAGACGUUGCUCUACGUGGACGACGACGGAAAAUUGGUGGUGAAAAACUACCCCGAUAUGACCGUCGAGGAGUGCGGUUGCAGAUAAGAGCGGCAGUUAUAACGCGCACGGUGGCUGUACUUUUCGAUUCAAAACCAUAAAGCGCCUGCAGUAACUGUACAUAAAAUAUCGUGUACAGGAUGAUUCACAAAGCAUAUACAUACACUCUCCUGCAUUUUUUUUUUUCCACUUCAAUAACGCAAUUGUACAAAGUCUGAUUUUUUUGGAAUUUUUUGAAUUUUAAUCCAACAUCAUAUUUUACAAUAAUUUUUGUUUGAUUUUUUGUACUCAUAUAUUAUGUAAAAAUGGUCCAAGUAUGAUAAAUCCUAGAUCAAUAACUAUCUCAAAUAUUAUAAUAUAUUAUAUUUCUGAAAAAUAAUUUUUAUGUCCUUUAGGUACUUAAUAUUCUUAAUAUUAUAAAUAUUUUAUAAACUGAUAAACAACUCUUUCAAAUUUGAAAUUACACGCAUCGACAUUUUCAAUACAGUAAUUGUCAACUGAAUAUAAAUUACAGGAGAAAAUGUGUGUUCUGAGUUGAAAAAUAAAAGUUUGUUUCGCCACAGAAAUCUUCUAAAUAGUUUGAAAAAUCUCGAAAUUUUGAUAUUUAAGUGUAUGUAUUAAAAAAAAAAAAAAUUUGAGAAAUCAGAAAUUAAAUAAAUUAUUAAAUGAAAAAUUGCGAAUUGAAUGCAAGAUGAAACACGAUUUAUGCCAUAAAAAAUUGUAGGAUUAAUUUUAACCCAGAUAUGAUCGAUAUACCUACAUAUUAUAAUUAUAAUAUUUCAAAAUUAUGUAUACUUGCGUGCAAAUAUUCUUCCAUUUAAUCAAAAGUUAUUAAGCCUAAAAGCUUAAAAUAAAACCUAUUUUUUACUGUUUUAGCUGUAACUAUAUCGAUAUAAAAAGAUAUUUAUAAUUUUGUACAAAAAGAAUACUUGUAAAUACAUACAAAUGGACAUAAUUGUAAAAAAAAAUUAUAAGUCUAGUCCAAAAUAAAUACAUUUCCGUUUUAAUGUUAAAUAAUCAUGAUAGUGUCUGGGACAUGUUUUUAUAUUGAACAUAAACAAGAACCUAACAUGAAUUAUUGUUAAUAUUAUUUCUAUUCCUACUAUACAUUUAAGUUAUUUAUUAAUAUUUUGUUUUCGUUGUUAUUUUAUUAAAUGGUAUUGCAUACUUUAUUUGAAUAAAUAUAUUAUUAAGAAUAAAAUAUAAUUACAUUGUACCUAAAUUUUUUUUCUUAUUUUAUUAUUAUUAUUAUUUUUUUUUUUUAUAUAUAGCUGUUUGUUCUAGUAUUAGGGUUUUA